CCGGUAUAUCUAUGUUUUCUGACAGGCAGAUCCAGUAGACCUAGGAUCUUCUGUAAGGUCCCACAUAUGCAAUGAUCAUCAAAGAAUACAUGCAGAGUAUACAUCCAGUGCCAAAAGUACAUGGUUGCAUAGCGCCGUAUGCUGGAAAGCAGCUCGUUCCCAGUGAAGAGCUGGGCAGCUGAGGCAACAAAGUUUCAAUUGGCAAGUUUGCUCAAGUAUGAAGAAGUAGCAUUAGUUUUAGCGCUAGAAGCAAUUAGACUGGUCACAGAGUCUGACAUAGUCAGGAAGCUCUGGCAGUACAUAGUGAGAUUGAAGACAGGGACCAAACCACAAGCUGCAGAGACACUGUGCUUCUUCUUGCAGAUUUUCAAUAGCACAUGUGUGGAAAGGUAUACAAAGGUUAUGCAGGGAGUACUCGUGUCCAUGACACUGGCUGCUCUGGCAGGCAUCUCCCGAGAGUUUGCUCAGGAAAUCGAUAUGGUUGAGCUGGAGGGCAGAGUCCGUACAGCAACCUUUGUCCAAAAUAGACCUCACUGGGCCCUUGAUCGGAUUGAUCAAGAUCCUAGUACUUCCUACAGAUUCGAUAGGAAAUACAAAGCUGCAACAAACACUUCUGGCAAGGGUGUCUUUCUGUAUAUCAUUGACUCGGGUGUGAGGUCCACACACAUCGAAUUUCGAAAAGCGGAGAAUCCCAAUGAAUCAAGAGUUCUACCGGGAUUCAGUCUUGUCAAUGAUGGCCUGGGGACUGAAGACUGCAAUGGCCAUGGCACUCAUGUUGCAGGGCUUGUUGCUGGACAGACAUCGGGAAUUGCGAGAAGUGCUUACAUUGUUCCAUGUCUCCACGGAUUAUUGGUAGACAGACUCGAGAGGCAGUACACAGCAAACAAAGUGCUGGAAUGGAUCCUGCCGACGCCAGAUUAUCUGGCACCGCAUUGUGGCACUUUGACAGCAAUCUUGGAUGUGCAGACGGACGACCCCCCUGUUUUCCCACAAAUCUGGAAAUUCCAGAUUGAAAACAGGGUGAUCGAAGUAAGGAUUUCUACAAGAACCUCACCAAUCUGCUUCCGCUGCAGAGAAAGAGGUCACCUUGGUACCGACCUGAUCUGUCCCAAGUUCCCGAAGCAAACGAAAGAAAGGAAACUUCUACCAAACAUGUUGGUAGAAGUGGAAGAUGCACCGGGUAUUUGGUAUGUAGCUGAUUCGUGCUACGACGGGUGGGUCUUUGAUGACAACCUUGACGAACCUGACUGGGUCUGGCACUUCGCAGACCAAUCUCCCCCCACCAAAAAGCCAGACAUCUUCCCCCCGGCAGACAGCAGAUGGCAAAAGAAAGCAACGGGGAAAGUAAAAGGCAACCCAACGAAAAUUAACACCAGUCCCAUCACGGAUUCGCGGGUGAUCAGAGAGGAAAAAGCAAGGGAAGAUUUGUUGUGGGAUCUUGACACAGUAAGGGAACAAAUUGAACAAGAGUACAACAAGGAACCAGGUUCAUUCAGAGAACUGCUGAAACAUGUCGUACAACAAACUUACAAGAGAAGGAACAAAACUCAGGCUGACAACAAACGCCAGCUACAAGGCGAAGGUGGUUCAUCUGAGAAGGAAUCCAGUCCCAAAAGAAGGAGAGCAGAAGAUUCAGUGGAAAGAGAAGGAACGAGAAUAUCAGGAAUUGAAACGGAUGGUGAAGGAAUGGAUAUGGAUCUGACAGGAGACCAGGCAGACAAGGAGUCUGAGGGGAAGGAUUCAGCUCCAGCUGCACCCUCCAGAGAAGAGGAGGAUGGUCCCACACAGUCCCUGACUUGGCUCAGAGACUAUGUGGAGUGGGCCAAAAGGGAAAGAGAACAUGCUUUUGAUAUCCGUGUAGCCUGCUUGAAGCAUGCAGAGAGGUCGCAGGCAAACGGAAAAAGAGAUGCAACAACAGGAAACAACAACUCCUCCAAUCAGUACGAAGUCCUCAAGAAAGUUAAAUCAGAGGAAUUCUCUGAAUAUGCAGCCUUCAGAUAUGCUGAGAAGAAAAGGGCAAGGGAACGAGGAACAGAGGACAAGGAUAAGACCAUCCCCACAACCAAAGACAAUUUCYAGGUYUUACRACCCAAGGYAAGAAAAUUGGGCAAGAACCAGAAACGGAAGGAAACUAACGAUGACCAAACAGAUGCAGAAGAGAAACCGGAACGAGACCUCUUGGAGAAAGAAGCGGCCGUAGUUCUGUCCCAAACUGAAAAGUUGAGAAAGUGGAACAAAGAAUAUGCACCCGAAUUCACUACUAUCUCUCAGAUUGCGGGUGGAAGGGCACCAAUGGUACAGGAAUCGGCCAAAGCAGCUCGCAGAACAAUGAGAAACAUUCGACCCCUUAUUGCAGCGAGGUACGUAGCAAACGCAAAGGAAUGGCAGAUCGCAACGGAUAUAGCCUUCAAAAUCCCCCAUUUUGUUGAGGGGGAAAACGUGGUGAAGGUACUCAAGGAGCAAGUAACUAUGGAAUCCCCACUAGGGCUCUUUGAGACAGUAUCCUUGGAAACUGAUCAGGUUGAUUCCAGCACACAGGAAGACACAGAAAGUGUCAAAUUUGGAAAGGGCAAGAUGACCAGAAACUCCCCGAGGGCCUUCUCACCCCUUAUAGCCAAAAUGCCAGAAGAGAUGAAGUUGAGAACCAGGAUGCUCUGGAAACCAUGGCGAACAGUGGCCGAAGUCCCUUACAGCAUCCUAGCCGGUGUAGGUGUUUCGGUUGAGCUGACGGCCACAGCCUUGGCUCAAAUUGUCCAAUCAGGACAGCUGGAAGGAGACGAGGACUUAGAUGCAAGAGCUUUCGCCUUGGAUUGCAACAUGUUCUACAAAAGCGAAGCCUCUGACGGUUCUGAUUGGGAAGGGGACGAUGAAAGUGAGAUCCUGGGCCGGGAAAAGGUCCUAGAUAGGGAAGAGCUUGGCCAGACCGACCCAGAGAUUCUGGGCAAGGCAGAUCACUCUGCAGGCUCCCCAUCAAAGGACAAUGGAAUAGGGUCUUCUCAGGCAGGAACUGGCGAAGGGACAAGCUCAGACACCUCUCCACCCUCCCCUACCUAGACGGUCCGCCUCUAAAACUCU